CGUGAAGCAGGUGUGGCCUUUGUCCGACUAAUCAACGUACGACAGGGGCGAGUUGUUGUAGUAUUAUUAGUCAGUGCUUCCCACGCUCCUCAAAAGCUUCAUCUUACAUAAACAAAUGAGAGUUAUCUUUUCUUGGAGUUGCAGGUUCCCUUUUCAUCUUCCGGGUUUCAGCUUCUCUGAAUCGAAUGGAACUAGAAGACGCCGACCCAUCAGAGUUUUACAGCUUCCACCUUAAUGGAAAACAUGCUAUCAAUGUUAUCGACCUGAACAAGAAAAGGAAGUUCCAGGCUGAGCAAUUGGGCUUACCUGUAGCAAAGCAGAAAUGCUGGGAUGGAAGCUUACAAUCUAAAUCAGUCUCUACAUUUGAUGAAAACCCAGAUGUACAAGACUUCCAUAAGAAUAUGGUGAAGGAAAUUGCAGAGGCGGAGACCACUGAUGAUGGGUCUGAAGAAGAAUCAGCAAAAGAUAGCAACAGCUUUGCAGAAGAUUCUGAUUCUGCAAUGUCUGUAAAGGGUGAAUCUAAAUUUGAAGCUCAGAAUGGAAAAUUUUGGCCACAGGUUACACCUUCUUCAUCUUCUUAUAAUUGGAGCUCCAGCAGUUUCAAAGAAAACUGUUGUUCUUCGGAAGAUACAUCAGCGGCAAGAGAUGUUGGCAAAGGUCGGUUUACUUUUGUUGGUGAAAAGCUCCACCCCUCCCAUUAUGUUGAUGGAAUACACAAUACUCAAAACAUUGAGGAGCCUCUAGAAUAUGGAGGCCAUAACGACCAUCUUUACUCUGGAUAUGAACAUGAUAAAGAUAUCAUGGCCUUGGAUAAGGAAAUCGAAGAUUUUCUCUACUCCAAUGAGGUGAAUCCAAAUAUAUAUGUGCUUUCCUCUGGAAGACGGAGCAGUGAUCAAGACACUCAGCAAGGCAAGCGAAAACCAACUAUUGACCAAGAAUUUGAACAGUAUUUUUCCAUGCUUAUGCUGUAGCAGAGGGUACAAGAACAUGAACUUCUAAAAUGUAUAUAAUGUUUUCUAGCUAUUUGUUGUAUUUGACUAAUGUGACUAGUCAAAAUCUGUAAAUGGCUAACUUCUGGCUUUCCCAAUAAAUUUGUGAGGUAACUCAAUCUAGCUCUGACCUUGUGAUCUAGUUUUGCUUGAAUGAAUCAAUUUAUAAGAAAUUAGGUGGUAUACUUUAAA